GGCCUUCCGGGUCCUUCCUGCUCUGAGCCGCUCCGCCAGCCUCCUGACAUAAACCGACCACCGGAGAAAAAACACGAAAUUCACCCGAAAUCCUCCGAAAACCGAGCGGGUCCCCGGAGUUAUGAUGGGCGGUAGGACGAGCGCGAUAGCCGCGGGGGUGUGCGGGGCUCUGUUCGUCGGUUACUGCAUUUAUUUCGACAGGAAAAGACGGAGUGACCCCAACUUCAAGAACAGGCUGCGGGAACGGAGGAGAAAGCAGAAGGCAGCCAAGGAGAGGGCAGGUCUGGCAAAGCUUCCAGACCUGAAGGACGCUGAAGCGGUGCAGAAGUUCUUCCUGGAGGAGAUCCAACUUGGGGAGGAGCUGCUGGCUCAGGGAGACUAUGAGAAAGGUGUGGACCACCUGACCAACGCCAUUGCGGUGUGUGGUCAGCCUCAGCAGCUGCUGCAGGUCCUGCAGCAGACUCUGCCACCGCCCGUCUUCCAGAUGCUGCUCACCAAACUGCCCAGCAUCAGCCAGCGUAUCGUGAGCGCACAGAGUCUGAGCGAGGACGAUAUAGAAUAAGGAGAGGACUGAGACGAAACAACCCCACCCCCUCCUCUCGCCCUCCGCCCUUCUUUCCUCCUCCUCCUCCUCGUGUGGACCUCCUCCUUCCAUCACGACCUGCCAACGCCUCGGCCUCCAUCGCUCCGGCCGACGUCCAUCACUUCCCACCAAGGCGUCCGAAAGGGAAUUAGUUUUUUAUUCCUGGUUUAUCCAUGACAGUAGUGUUUGUGUUUUUUUUUACUUAAAUUACCCGUUUUGGGGUAUUAGAACAUCUCCAUCAUAAAGCCCAGAGAAAUAUAAACAAGCUUGUCCACGUGUGGACUCCAACUCAGCUCCUUCCGUCAGGGUGGUGUAGCUCACAUCCUGACAGCAUCAUGCACCAGGUUUACACUGUCUGACAUGUUUGUACCACGGUUAUUAUAAUAUCAGUCGUAGGAAGCUACAGGAACGAUCAUCCUCUCUCUGCUUCAGAGUAUUUAUUGUUUUGUUAUCAGUCGUCUUUCUUGUCCGUCUAGACUUGGAAACACUUUUUAAAAAGUGAUGAAAUGUUUUGUUCAUGUCAAAGAGGAUGACCCUCUUCAGGAAAAAAUAAAAAAAUGGACAAACUA